UCGAUGUUUGACAGAUUUUCAGACAUUCAAAGCUCAAUAGCUCGCAAACAGUUGAAGCUAUAGCUGUAUACAGGCCUAGGGUUAGUCUCGUUAUGAAAGAAAAAGGUCGGACCACAUUGCACAGGUCUCGUUUUCUCGAUUCCGACAGGAGUUUCGGAACGGCAGGAGACAUUUAUGGCGAUAUUGUAGACCAUUUUCACAUAAUCAACGAACGUCGCAAGAGAACGUCAACAUUUUCAAAUCUCAAAAAAUCUUUGACAACAUCUAAAAACGUCAAAGCAAUGUAAAACUGUUCAGGAAGAAAGGGAAAUGGGCUGCUUUUUAUAGAUUGCUAAACUUUUUAUGGAUAAUAUAUGUGGAUAUUUGCUAUGAACACAUUAAAACCAUGUAUAGUUUAGAAUUUCAAUAGCUUCUUGAUCACACGACAUGCACACUUCAAAUCACUCUUAUAAUCUUCAAAGGGAAGGCUCACACAUUGCACAGCCUUUGAAUCUUUCAGAAUUGGAUUCAUCGAUUGGAAUCGAGAAAACGAGGCCUGAUAUUGUUGUUGACGACCAACGCGGCCUACACCCCUCCCCCAAUGCACCAAGAGACCCGGACCAAGACGACGUAACAGAACCAACCAAGACCGCUUCUUCACAGCGUUGUCUAGACUGUGGGAAAGAAUUCUCCCGUCCAUGUGACCUAGUCAGACACAAGAGGAUACACACCGGGGAGAAACCCUACCCCUGCCCUGACUGCGGCAAGAGGUUUGCUCACUCAGGUGGGCUUCGAGAACACGAGAGGAUACACACUGGAGAGAAGCCUCACUCCUGCUCCAUAUGUGAGAAGAGGUUUACUCAAAAAGGAAGUCUUAGAGUACACCUACGAACACACACAGGAGAGCGGCCUUAUUCUUGCUCCAUCUGCGGGAAGAGUUAUACCCAAAAUGAAUUUUUGAAAGUACAUCAGCGAACACACACAGGAGAGAGACCAUUUUCCUGCUCUGUAUGUGGAAAGGGGUUUGCGCAGAUAGGAAACCUGAAGAAACACCAGCGUAUACACACCGGAGAGAAACCUUACCAGUGCCUCGACUGUGGCGCCAACUUCACCCAGAAGGACAGUUUGAAGAUGCACCAGAGGUCUCACACCGGAGAGAAGCCCUGCAUUUGCCCCGAGUGUGGUAAGGGUUUCCGUGACAACGGACACCUGAAAGUCCACUUGAGAGUGCACACAGGUGAGAAGCCGUACUCAUGCACGGACUGCGGGAGACGGUUCGGCCAGGCUGAUGUCCUGAAGCGACACCGUAUGGUUCACACGGGGGAGAAACCAUACUCCUGCGCCCUGUGUAGGAGGAGGUUUGCUCAGCCCGCCACUUUGAAGUACCACCUCCGGACCCACGUUGGCGAGAACCGGGCCGGGCAGAACCAGGCAGGAGGGUCUCAGUGCUGCCCCGUGUGUGGACGGGAUGUCCCGACAGAGAAAGCCCUGAGAGGACACCUGGGGGCUCACAUGGACGGGGACGUAUGUCACACUGAGGAAGAGGAGGAGGUUGGGGGACUGAUUAAUUCAGAUGGAGAGGAUGUCAGCUGGGAUCCUUCUGAUCUGAGGGAGGGAACCGUUCUGUCUUCUGGCAUUGGAGAACCCACAGCAUCACACAUUAAGGCUCCAGGGGUCCUGCCCAAACCCAAAUCAACACCCCGGUUUCUGAGUUCUGACCAAAGAGCGGCCUUCCUUCAGGAGCUGGGGGGGCACAUUAAAAUCGUAGAAGUGGAGGAGGAGUUGAGUCAAACUGUUAUGGUGACAGUCAAAGAGGAGGAAGAAGAGGAAGAUGUCAGUGGAGUCAUUCAAUCUUCAGUACAACAAGAGGACAGGGAGGCUGUUGAACUUAGACAAAGUCUCAACCGCUGUUCCGACUGAGGAGAAUCCUGGUUACCAGGAGAAUUGUACAGCUGAUGGCCUUGACACCAACCACAACACAAGCUUUUCUGCUUAAAAAGGACCUGCAUGAAGCCAUUGGUUGUUAAAUAAUACUGUUUCAUUAUACCAUUAGUUACUGUACUCUAUUGCACAUAUUUAUGUUUUACAAAUGGAUCCAAAAUAGCACAUUGCUGUAACUUGAAGCUCAUGGUGCUAUGAAAUGUACCUUCUCCACAAGGAAUUUGAUGGAAUAAAUCAACACUGCACAAACCAGCUGCUUUGCAUUA